AGCGGUGGGUUGUUUCAUCUCAUUUCCUUCUCCAAAAGCCGCGAUGCAGCCCUAACUUAACAUAAAAAGGGGGCUAAACCCUUGGAUUUGAAGGAAGGAGGCCCAGUGCAAUCACAACCUUGAUACCCUCCUUAGUUUGACCUUCAAAAGGAGAAGACUUCUGGCCCCCUUGACACCUUUCAGUCCAUCUGAAUCUAUGACUGGGGGUUCCAUCCUAGCCCCACCCUUUGCUGUCCCAUUCCAGAAAAUGGGUUCAUUUCGAAGGCCCAGGCCUCGCUUCAUGAGCUCCCCGGUGCUCAGUGACUUGCCACGUUUUCAAGCAGCACGACAGGCUUUGCAGCUUAGCUCCAACUCUGCGUGGAACAGUGUUCAAACAGCAGUGAUAAAUGUGUUCAAAGGGGGAGGCUUGCAAAACAAUGAACUUUACACCCUCAACGAAAACAUCAGACGUUUGCUGAAAAGUGAACUUGGAUCCUUCAUCACAGAUUAUUUCCAGAACCAGCUCCUUGCGAAGGGCUUGCUGUUCAUAGAGGAGAAGGUUAAGCUGUGCGAAGGUGAGGAUCGCAUUGAUAUCCUGUCUGAAAUCUGGGAUCACUUCUUCACAGAGACCCUUCCCACACUCCAGGCGAUAUUCUACCCUGUCCAGGGUCAGGAAUUGACUAUCCGCCAGAUUGCCCUGCUCGGCUUCAGAGACUUGGUCUUAUUAAAGCUGAAGUUAGAAGAGAUUCUUCCUCUAGUCCAAACAAAGCUCCCAGCUUCCAUUGUCCAGAUGCUGCUGGUUCUACAGGGUGUCCAUGAACCUACAGGCCCCAGCAAGGGCUACGUAUUGCUGGAAGAGCUGGUCAAACAGGUGGUCUCUCCAUACCUGGGCUUGUGUGAGGAUCACAGCUUCCCUGGCGGCACCUGUGCACUCGAGAGACGGUAUUCCAGAUCUCGUCCCAAGGCAAACCUGCUGAGCUACUCUUCCCAUAGCGUGACGGUUCGGCAGCCCAGCGAGACGGCCCUGACGCCACUGACGGAGCAGGAGGGUGAGGCUUACUUGGAGAAAUGUGGCAGCAUCCGUCGCCACACUGUUGCCAAUGCUCACUCGGAUAUCCAGCUCCUGGCCAUGGCCUCCAUGAUGCACACAGGGAUCGUGAUAGAAGAGCCAGACAACAGUGACAAAUGCCUCCUCCUGCAGCCCAGCUUCAGCCACAGGCAAUGCUCCAGUGAGCCCAGUAUUGCUGAUGGGCCGGAGGGACUGGUAGCAACGGGCAGGCAGGAACCUACGGAACUGAACUGCACCUCCGUCAGCUAG